AUGGCGAAGGAUGAAUUCAGGGUUGAGGCAACAACAGAGUUCCUAGGGAAAGAGUGCGGGCAGGCAUGCCCCACGCUCUGGCGCAAUGUAUCGGACAGCGGAAGACAGAUGCUAGUGUUGGAAUGGGACGAGAGAUUCUCCAUCAAAUCUGCCAUCCCGCGUUCGCAGGCAAUAUGGCGUCUGGCGGUCCAUUGUCAGAAUUCUUUCUGUGCUUAUAACCCAAAGAACAACUCACGAAGUGUGCGACUGCCACCACAGCCCACGCCAUCCAUGCUUUCAGAAAGAGAGGUGCAGGAGGCACGCAUCGCGCAGCACUGGCCAGAAUACCAGGCGAUAUUGCAGGGCGUGCUGUAUGCAACAAAGGCUGAUGCAGCCCACCUGGUGUCUGUCCCACUCCGAGAUGGUGUGGAGAGUCUUGUCGAUGUCUCCCAACUGGAAGUCACGCACUGGGUGGAUCAGUUUGGGCCAGACAAAUUCGUGUCCUCAGCUGGUCGCUGCCGGAAGACGUAUAAUGUCAUCACAGAUAUGCCUGAGGGUGAGACUCCUCCUGGAUACACUUUCUUUCGAGAACAUCCAUUGGUAUAUGGUCCUCCGAACGCGCUUGUUCGAAAGAUAGGUGGGAUCACAUCAAAUGAAGACGACGUGGUGGGCAAUGUCUUGGUGGUGAAACACACCAGAGGAAAGAAGCACGACUUAAUGGAUUGCGAGGAAGAUGACAUCCCUUGGAUAAGUGGUAUUAUUAAACAGUGCGUGUGUAACCGAAUCGACAUUCUGGACAUAAGAGAGAUGGAGGAGAGCAGAACUGGUGUCGGGGUCAAUGGUAUCCUGAGACAGUGA